GAUUUUUUAGUAUCACAAAUCUAAACAAUGGUAUUCAAGUCGAAGACGUGAAGAAAAUAUAAAUUUAUUGCACAAUGUCGGUAUUUUGAACUCCUAAAAACACAACAAAACAAAACAGAAAAUGUGUUCGAAAAGCAUUUCAUGGCAAUGGGUCCCACUAUUGCUAGCUCUUCUGGUUGAGUUCGAUUUGGGAAGUGGCCUUAAACGAGGACCACAUCAUCCGAGGAGUGAACAAUCAAAAACUAAGAAAGUCGAUCAACAUUUAACACAUGAAGAACAUCGAAUUGAAGAUGAUUUACAAGAAAUGGGUAUAAAUGUGAACCUAGAUGAAAUGACUGAAGAUGAAAAGCAUUUUUACUAUUUCAAAAUUCAUGACAACGAUAAAAAUGACGCCUUAGAUGGCUUAGAGAUGUUGCAAGCAGCACUUCAUCAAGAUGAUUCAUUCAAAAAGCUAGACAAAGAGACUUACCUACAAAAUGCAUCUGAUGAGCUUCAUCACAUAGUUGAGGUAAUCGAUGAGUUCCUUUUAAUUGCGGAUACCAAUAAAGAUGGCUUCCUACAUUAUCCCGAAUAUAUGAAGGCUGUUUCCGAAGGCAAAGAAGUUGAGCAAAAUUUAAUAUAAAAAUAAAAGACUUUUUAUUAUUUUUAAGUAGUAAUAUUAUACAUUAACAUAGAAAAUAAAAUAUAAACAUUAA